CUUCAUCAUGAGUCCCUUCCACCACCUUCUGCCUUUCCCAAAAGAAGGAAAAUAUCUUCCUCGUCCUCAUGCCAAGCAAAUUGUUGUGCAAUAUAUAUAUACACCCCGCCUCCAUCCAUCCAGGCCAGUACAAUAGGACCCUAACAUACGUGCGUAAAGCAUCAUCUAAACCUGCAGUCAUCAGCAAGUUAAACCUGUUUUAUUUAAAUUAUUCACUUAUUACUUCUGAUUUGUCGAAAUGGCUACCGCUACUGAGAAAGCCAUUGGCAUCGAUCUAGGCACCACUUACAGCUGCGUGGCCGUGUGGCAAAACGACCGCGUAGAGAUCAUCGCCAACGACCAAGGCAACCGAACCACUCCUUCCUACGUUGCCUUCACGGACACCGAGCGCCUCAUCGGAGAUGCUGCCAAGAACCAGGUGGCAAUGAACCCACAGAACACGGUGUUCGACGCCAAGCGCCUCAUCGGUCGUAGAUUCUCCGACCCUUCCGUCCAGAGCGACAUGAGGCACUGGCCCUUCAAGGUGGUCUCCGGCCCCCAAGACAAGCCCAUGAUCGUCGUCAACUACAAAGGCGAGCAGAAGCAGUUCGCACCCGAGGAGAUUUCCUCCAUGGUGCUCACCAAGAUGAAGGAGAUCGCCGAGGCCUACCUGGGAAAAACCAUCAAGAAUGCCGUCGUUACCGUCCCCGCCUACUUCAACGACUCUCAGAGGCAGGCCACCAAGGACGCCGGCGCCAUUGCAGGCCUCAACGUCAUGAGAAUUAUCAACGAGCCAACCGCCGCUGCUAUUGCCUACGGCUUAGACAAGAAGGCCUCCAAAACUGGCGAGAAGAACGUCCUCAUCUUCGACCUCGGGGGUGGCACCUUUGACGUGUCUCUCCUGACUAUCGAGGAGGGCAUCUUUGAGGUGAAGGCCACUGCCGGAGACACCCACUUGGGGGGCGAGGAUUUCGACAACAGGCUGGUGAAUCACUUCGCGGCGGAGUUCAAGAGGAAGCACAAGAAGGACAUGAGCAGCAACGCGAGAGCGCUACGGAGACUGAGGACAGCGUGUGAGAGGGCCAAGAGGACACUCUCCUCCACCGCACAGACGACCAUCGAGAUCGACUCGCUCUUUGAAGGUAUUGAUUUCUACGCGACCAUCACUCGGGCCAGGUUCGAGGAACUCAACAUGGACCUGUUCAGGAAGUGCAUGGAGCCGGUUGAGAAGUGUCUCCGCGAUGCCAAGGUUGAUAAGGCUCAGAUUCACGACAUUGUCCUUGUUGGCGGCUCCACCAGAAUCCCCAAGGUCCAGCAGCUUCUGCAGGACUUCUUCAAUGGCAAGGAGCUCUGCAAGAGCAUCAACCCCGACGAGGCCGUGGCUUACGGGGCUGCUGUCCAAGCUGCCAUCCUGAGCGGCGAAGGCGACCAGAAAGUCCAAGACUUGCUUCUUCUCGACGUCACGCCCCUCAGCCUGGGCAUUGAAACCGCCGGUGGGGUGAUGACGGUCUUGAUUCCCAGGAAUACCACCAUACCCACCAAGAAAGAGCAGGUGUUUUCCACCUACUCGGACAACCAGACCAGCGUGCUGAUUCAGGUGUACGAGGGUGAGAGGGCAAGAACCAAGGACAACAACCUUUUGGGAACAUUUGAGCUCAAGGGGAUUCCGCCGGCGCCGAGAGGGGUGCCUCAGAUCAACGUGUGCUUCGACAUCGAUGCCAACGGUAUCUUGAACGUGUCUGCGGAGGACAAGACGGCGGGGGUGAAGAACAAGAUCACCAUCAGCAAUGACAAAGGAAGGCUGAGCAAAGAGGAGAUUGAAAGAAUGGUGCAGGAGGCAGAGAAGUACAAAGCAGAGGAUGAACAGGUCAAGAAGAAAGUGGACGCCAAGAACUCACUGGAGAAUUAUGCUUACAGCAUGAGGAACACCAUCAAGGAUGACAAUGUUGGUGCCAAACUUGAUCCUUCUGACAAGCAGAGGAUCGAGAAGGCCAUUGAUGACACCAUCCAAUGGUUGGACGGGAACCAGUUGGCGGAAGUAGAUGAGUUUGAGGACAAGCUCAAGGAGCUUGAGGCUUUAUGCAACCCUGUCAUUUCCAAGAUGUAUCAAGGUGGUGGUACUGCUGCUCCAUCCUCUGCCGAUGCUGCCCAUGACAACUCCGCUGGUGGACCUAAGAUUGAAGAGGUUGAUUGAGAGAGCUUCAACCUUCAAUUUUUAUAAGCCUUCUUUUAUCGCGCUAGACACUGCCCUUUGUCUCUUU